UUGCCGCCGGGGACUGGUCGCCGCGCUGUGCGGGGGCGGGGGGCUCCGAGACGGGUCGCGGGGGCAGCCCCUCAGGCCAGGCGAGGACCUUAACGCUUCCCUUCCCCGCCCCCUUUUGUGUUUCCCCUCAGACCCGCCGGCCGCUGGGGGAGCCGCGGCCGCCCCCGCGCCCGGGGGUCGUUCCCUCGCAUCCUCCGGGCCGCGGGAGGGCAGAGGCGGCGGCGGCCGGAGCCGGGCCGGGCGGCCUGAGGUGAGAGCCCGGCCGGCCCCGCUGGGAAUAUGGCGACCGGUGGCUACCGGACCGGCGGCAGCGGCGGCAGCACCACCGACUUCCUGGAGGAGUGGAAGGCGAAGCGCGAGAAGAUGCGCGCCAAGCAGAACCCCCCGGGCCCGGCCGCCCCGGGCGGGGGCAGCAGUGACGCGAGCGGGAAGCCCCCGGCGGGGGCUUUGGGCACCUCGGCCGCCGCCGCGGCCAACGAGCUCAACAACAACCUCCCGGGCGGCGCGGCCGCACCUGCCGCCCCCGGCUCCGGGGGCGUGAACUGCGCCGUGGGCCCCGCGGCGUUGCCCCGCUCCGCCCCCGGCCCCCGGCGGCCCGAGGACGAGCCGCCUCCCACCGCCGCGGCCGCGGUCUCCGCCUCGGGGGCACCGCCGGCCCGGGGCGACGACGAGGAGCGGGACGGCGCCCAGGACAAGGGCAAGAGCUCGGGCCCCAGUGCCAGGAAGGGCAAGGGGCAGAUCGAGAAGAGAAAGCUGCGCGAGAAGCGUCGCUCCACCGGCGUGGUCAACAUCCCCGCGGCAGAGUGCUUAGAUGAAUAUGAAGACGAUGAAGCAGGGCAGAAAGAGCGGAAACGAGAAGACGCAAUUACACAACAGAACACGAUGCAGAAUGAAGCUGCCAGCUUAUUAGAUCCAGGCAGUUCUUAUCUGCUACAAGAGCCAUCUAGAACAGUUUCAGGCAGAUAUAAAAGCACAACUACUGCCUCUGAAGAAGAUGUCUCAAGUAGAUAUCCCCGAACAGAUAGAAGUGGGUUCAGCAGAUAUAAUAGGGAUGCAAAUGCUUCAGGUAAUUUGGUCUCAAGUAGCAUGUUGGAAAAGAAAAUUGAAGAUCUUGAAAAGGAAGUAGUAAGAGAAAGACAAGAAAACUUAAGACUUGUGAGACUAAUGCAAGAUAAAGAGGAAAUGAUUGGAAAACUCAAGGAAGAAAUUGAUUUGUUAAAUAGAGAUCUAGAUGACAUAGAAGAUGAAAAUGAACAACUAAAGCAAGAAAAUAAAACUCUUUUGAAAGUUGUUGGUCAGCUAACAAGUGUACCUGAUUACUAGUGACCGGUGUGUCCUGAUAAGAGAGAACAGGAAGCAUAUCAAAGCAAGAGGUUGUUUAUCUACUGAUCUGCUCCUGGAGAACAAGAAGCAUUUUUUCUUGAUUUGGAUAUGUGUACUAUAAGGCAGCAAAACAGAGGAUGGCAAUUCUAGGUGUUAGCACUAGGGAUGAUUUUUUAAUCACGGCAGAAUGCCACAGAGGUAUUUAAAACGUUUUUCCUUUUGAAUUGCACAAGUUGGAAAGUAAUGUUUGUCCUCUGGCCUAAAAAAAGAGUCUUAACUGGAAUGUGGAUAUUUUAUUGUCCAAUUAUAUGUAUAUUAACUUGAAAUUGUACACAGUCUAAUUCCUUUCGUGUUUUUUAGAUAUUGGGUUUUAUACUUGUCUAUUCUUAGAUCUUACAUAUCUGAUUAAUAUCUCUCUAGUAAGACAAUACCUUGCUCAGCUUAAACAUAGGUAAUUUACUUGUCAUGUGGCAUUUGUAGAGUAUGAGAAAGUUUAAUCUAUUUUAAUAAAGUUCAGAAGUAGGAA